AUGGACACUAACUGUUGUGAGGUUCUCGAGGCUGCUGGCUUGAAAGUACUGCGCCCGGGUACCCAGGCCUAUGCGAUACGCGAAGAAUCUUACUUCUCCGUCGCGGCUCAGCUAGAGCCACAUUGCAUUGUGCAACCAAGAGAUACUGCGCAAGCCGCUCAAGCUAUUAUUACCUUGAAAACCCUGACAACAUGUAACUGGGCUAUUAGAGGCGGGGGACACAUGACAUGGGCCGGCGCUUCCAACAUCCAUGACGGUGUCACUCUUGAUCUAGGGCUCAUAAACCAGACAGAGUAUGUGCACGAGAAGAAAAUCGCAAAAAUCGGUGCUGGCUCGAGGUGGGGGGAAGUAUACCGUGCUCUUGAGCCCUAUGAUGUGACUGUGCCAGGUGGCCGCACAUCCACUGUCGGGGUUGCGGGCUUCCUCACUGGAGGAGGAAACAACUUCUACAGUAGCAUGGUCGGUUUGGGCUGUGACAACGUCAUCAACUUCGAGGUUGUUCUCGCGUCAGGCGAUAUCGUCAAUGCUAACAAAGAGAACAACUCAGACCUAUACAAAGCUCUAAAAGGAGGGUCUUGCAACUUUGGAGUCGUUACCCGUGUGGAUAUGCAGGUAAUAGAGGCGCGCAACCUCUGGGGAGGCCAGGUGAUAUAUCCCCUCAGCACUACGGAGGAUCAUAUCGCUGCCUAUGUGAACUGGGUAGACAACAUUCCCAGCUAUGUACAGGGCUCGGCCGUGACAUUUUGGGCUUAUUCGCCUGCAGCCGGGGAUAUUGUAGUCUCAUCCGCUCUCCAUGACACAACAGGCACUGUUCGGGCCCCAGCGUAUAAAGAGUUCCUCUCAAUCGCACCUCAAAUCAGCGAUACGCUCCGUACUGACAGUCAUCUCAAUAUGACUGUUGAACUGGAAGAGCCCUUAGGGUAUAGACAAGUUUGGAUCACAUUAACAGGCAAGAAUGACGCACGUUUCAUACGUAAAGCUGUUGAGGCGCAGUCUAGCUUCAUUGAGAGCUGGAAAGCAAGUCAGGACGCAGACUUUCUGAACUACAUCACGUUUCAGGCGAUGCCCACGGUCCUAUUCGAGCAAUCAAUCGCGAGGGGAGGAAACGUCCUUGGUAUGGAUCGCGAAAAAGAAAAUGCGAUUCUAUUCCAAAUGCAGCAUAUGGUUCGCAAUGCUGAUCAGGAAGCCGAAGCUCGGCAUAGACUCAUCGCCAUGCGUAUGGCCUUGAAGGACUACGCCAAGGACAUUGGUACCGACGUAGAGUGGGAGUAUCUGGGAUAUGCCGAUGAGAGCCAGAACCCGUUAGGAACAUACGGUCGAGAGAACGUCGCCUUCCUUCGUGAUGUUGCUACCAAGUACGACCCAGAAUCUGUUUUCCAGCUGAGAGUACCAGGUGGCUUCAAAGUCUCCCGUCUGGAGUGA